AUGGCCGAGUCGCGGAGACAGCCAGACGGCAAUCGUCACGGCCAGGAUGGAUCUGUUGACCUGUCACAAUCGCCGUCCCUGAGCCGAGCAAGACUAGACCGUGGCCGGCCCACGGCGACUCCAGAGCAGCCUGAAUAUGCCGAGAACUACACCAACACCGACACCGACACCGACGCCGACGCACCCGGCAAGCACGGUGCAGUCUCCAGGAGAGCAAUGCAACUACCCUCGCCGUCGGUCUCUCCUCCCACCUCUCCCUCGCCACCCCCCUCACGCAGAGCAGCCCCUGCAUCAGCAAGCAGACCGGUCACCGACGAAGACAUAGCUACAAACCCCGACCUUGUUCAGGAUCACAGGCAGAUCCUCUCUGCUCCCCGACUCGAGAACAACGAUGACUCUCCAGCCGAAGUCGCUGUGACAGAACACACCCCGACCCAGGCCAAGUCCUCCUCCGCCACACAGGGUCGCAGACAUCGCAACUCAUCGGGCGCAAAAUCGUCGUCCAACCACGAUAUUGUACGGCGUCUCUCAGCAAAUCAGAUGCAGGAGCUCGCAGCUGCUCCCGAGUCACUCCCCGUCGCGACCAUUCCCAGUCACCCCCUCUCUGCUGGUGUCGUCGAGAAUGGAAACCGACCCUCCCUCGUGGAGCAGCUGCAGUCUGCAGCAGCUCAGGCUGCCUCCCUGCGAGAGCAAGACACUCUACGUCAAGAAGAGCGCACUCCGUUCGCGGCUCGUGCCCUCCCGGGCCGUCCGGCCGUUGGUCCAAGGACCGUCUCGACGCCGCCGACUAACCGCCGCACCUCCAACGCACAGCCCCCAGUCUCGUUAUCCUCAAGUCGAAGGAACUCGUCGAACCCCUCUCACCGACCGAUCCCGCUGAAUCUAGAAAGUGUCACCAAGAUUCCAGCUACAACGCCCAGGCCUGGCUCGAGUGCCCGGCACGACAUAUCGGAUAUCCGGCCGGUGUCGCCCUUGCCUACUGCCAUCCCUCUGCCCCCAAUGUCCAUUCCCACCGUCCUGCAGCUCGAGCUUGCAGGUCACCGGCCCAGCCCCCUUUACAUCCACCACUCACAAGGGAGCGAUCUGCCUUAUGAGUCAAGUGCUGUCAAGUUUGAGAGGCUCAAGAACUUCCUUCUCCUGCCGUCGUUCCUGGAACGUACCAUGUACUUUGGCGUGCUCGCCUGUCUCGAUGCCUGGCUGUGGACCUUCACGAUUCUACCUAUACGAUUCUGCGUGGCGCUGGGUGUUCUCUUCAGAUGGUGGGCGUAUGUGAUAGGCAAGGAAGUACGAUGGAUCACGGGCUUCGUAUGGGAAGGACUAGGGCGCAUGUGGCGCAGAGGACGUCGAGGACGGUCAAUAUCUACGACAAGCACUGCUGAUGGCGCUCCUCAGUCUGCUGGGGAGGAGUCUCGCAGCCAGAGUAGAGCUCGCCACGAUUCGUCUGCCUCGGCGGCCAACGGUAACACAGGAGCCAACGGACCCAUCGGCGAAAGCCAGUCGGCGCGGAAACCCGAAUCCCUGCGGAUGAAUGGAGCACAGCAUAGGCCUCUGCAUGGGACGUUUCGGCACCGACGAACAAAGUCUAUGCCGUCGAACCUCACAUCAUUCCACAAAGCCGAUCUUCUGCAAGGUGCGGUCAUUCUGUUCAGCUCCAUUGCGCUGAUGAACUUGGACGCCAGCCGUAUGUAUCACUUCAUCCGCGCCCAGUCCAACAUCAAGCUUUACGUCAUUUACAAUCUGCUCGAGGUAUCCGACCGCCUUCUCUCGGCACUAGGCCAGGACGUGUUUGAGUGUCUGUUCAGCUCCGAGACGCUUUCUCGCAACAGCUCGGGCCGCUCCAAGAUCAUGCUUCCUUUUGGCAUGUUCCUCCUUGCGCUGCUCUACAACGUAGCACACGCUGUCGUGCUCUUUUACCAAGUCAUCACACUCAACGUCGCCGUCAACUCGUAUUCGAACGCACUGCUCACACUGCUCAUGUCGAACCAAUUCGUCGAGGUCAAGAGUGCCGUGUUCAAACGCUUCGAAAAGGAAAAUACCUUCCAGCUCACGUGUGCCGACAUUGUCGAGCGCUUCCAGCUUUGGAUCAUGCUCAUCAUCAUCGGCAUGCGCAAUAUUGUCGAAGUCGGCGGCCUCUCCGUGCCGGGCGCCGGGGGGGAUUCCGGCGCCGAGGACUUGGGCGUCAAAGUCCCGCUGCACAACUCGUCCAUCAUCCCGGCGAGUUUUACCAUUCUACCAUCCUGGCUGCUAUCCGGCGAGGUCUUGUCGCCUUUCUUGAUUGUCAUCGGCAGCGAGAUGAUUGUCGACUGGAUCAAGCACGCCUACAUCAACAAAUUCAACAACAUCAAACCCAAUUUCUACAGUCGUAUCCUUGACAUCCUCUGCAAGGACUACUACACGAAUGCCUUCGUGACGCCCUCUCUCACGCGUCGUCUCGGACUGCCGCUAUUCCCACUGUGCUGCCUCUUCAUCCGCGCGUCCGUGCAGACAUACCAUAUGUUCCUCGCCACACACCUGCCGUCGCCCAUCCCACCGUCAUCGCAGACAUCGCUCGUCGUCGAGUCCAGCACCGCGACCCCGUCCAGCCCCGCCAUGGCCGCGUCCCUCGAGCGUCUCGACUCGCUCAUCCGCAACGCACUCGGCCGCUCCGUGCACGGCUAUCCAUACGCCGCUUCCGGGGUCGGCGGCGCGGCAGGAGUGAACGGCACCAACGCCUCGUCGGCCGCGGGGGCAGCGGGCGCGCACUCGCCGACCUACUUCCUCUUCGGGCGGUACACGAGCGACGACCUCAUCGCGCUGCUGACCAUGGUCAUCGUCUUCUUCAUCGCGUUCCUCGUCCUCCUCGUCGCCAAGCUGCUGCUGGGCAUGGCGCUGCUGCGCUACUCGCGCAACCGCUACGCGCGCAUGAAGGCCCGCGAGCACGCCGUGGCGGCGGGCAAGGCCGAGAAGGAGAGCUACGACGCCAAGGGGUCCAAGCGCAUCGGCGGGUACGGGGCCGUCGAGGUCGGCGACGAGCGCAGGCGGUGGCUGUACGACGACGACGCCGAGGGCCUGCGCAAGAGCCGCGAGCGGGAGCGGAGGGCGACUGAGGGUGGCGGCGGCAGGGGCGGGGAGAAGGACCUGGGGUCGGUCAAGCGGUAUGAGAUGAUUGCCAAGAGGAUCUGGUGA